UCUAUAAAUUAUUCAUAAGCUACCUACUUUACUACAUAAUUCGCACUAACGUAUCGAACACAAGGGUAGUUCGCCACAGGAAUGUCCACAACUACCUGCGUAGUAAGUCACAUCCUCUGUCAAAGUUCAGGCAUCCAAAUCGGUUGGUUCCCCAGUCGUAAUUGCUUACGCAACCGGAUCUCACGGCCGUACUAUAAGUAAAAGUUACAAUUCAAUUCACGGCCGUUUUCACUACGGUCGAAAAAUCGCGAAAAUAAUUUACCGGGAAAAACUAAUUUACUUGGUGUCGCUCUACGCUUUCUAGGUGGUGAGCCUCGCCUGCCAUCAGUGCUGACCGUACCGCGCUCGCGGCCGCUCGUACACAACAAACAUUUGCCUACCGCCUCAUAUAAAAAGCUUAUCAACGCAACUACGUUUAGCAAGAUCCUUUAUUAGUCAACGGUGAAAGGUGUACAAGUAUAAAAUAAAAAAAUACUAGAGUUUGUGAUCACUUAACUAACGAAAUGCGGCCAGUGGUGAUCUGGCUGUUGCUGGCCAUCGCCGCCGCCGAGGUGGCGGACGAACCCUGGGUGGAGGAGGAGGAUGUGGAUGAGUCGUACGAUGACUACGAGCCCGCUCGGAGCCGGCGCGACGUGCACGACGCGGGGCCCUUUGAGGAGCAUGUGCGGGUCAAGCGCUGCUGCGAGCCCCGGGUGCGGAGGUCGGCGGAGUACGUGCGCGUGCCCCGACAGCUCCACCAAUACGAAGUGCACGAGUUCACUGAUGACUCGGAGAUGGCCUCACCUCCAUACGAAGAGAUGCUCGCGGCUAGCGCGAACCACUACCACAAAGUGUAUGCACCUUCUCCUCGUUACUUGAAACCUGAUGUGGCCAGUGCUAAUGUCGCUCAAGCCGUGAAGUUUACGCCGGCUGAUGCUGUGAAUCCGCCACCAGUCCAGUUCGUGGCCAGUCCGCCGGCGGCUGUGCCUUUGGCGUCGAACCCAAUCCCUGUGGAUAACCCAAUUCCAGUGCCUGUGGCCGCAGAGCCGCUGAUCCAAGCGCCGAAGCAGUUGGCUUCAGGAGAUCUGUAUGGAGCAUCUACUGGUCACCGGACGAAGCAUGCUCACGGGCAUACCCAAGGUGGUGGGCAUGCUCAACAAGGAGGUCACCAUGGACAACACGGAGCUAAGACAACAAAAGGUUUCAAUCAACACCACCACGUAGACAAAGGCGGUAAAGGCUUCAAAACUGACGAGCAUCAUAAGAAGCAGUACGAGGAGGCAGCCGGCAAGAAGAAGAAGCACCACGACCACGCAGGACACAAGGGCAGUCAUGAGGAAGAGGCCUUCGGACAGAGAGGCGCCAAGUUUGAUGAGAAGAAGGGACAUAAGAAAGGACAUAAGACUAAGGGCUACCACAACAAGUACCACAAGGAUGAAUUCCACAAAGAGCACAAGUUCUACGAUGACUUCCACAAGAGCGGUGAGCACCACCGGUACGGCAAGUUCAAUGCCAAGCACGCGAGCAACGAGAGCGGCAAGAAGAAGGCGCAUCACGUCAAUGCUGGACAUGACUACGUGGAGAAGGGAAAGAAGGGAUACAGCAACAAGGGCCACGUGGAUGCAGACCAUAAAGGCUACCAUGGCAAGCAGGGUCAUGAACAUCACAACGAAAAGCACGAAGAACAUGGCAAGAAGGGAGGCAAGGCUACCGCCUCCCAAUGGGGCUACAAGAAAAACUAGUUCGUAUUUAUUAGGUGUUAAGAGUCAGUUUCCUGAAGGAUACUGGAGUGUUAUAUGCCAUUUGGGAAUGUUUUAUAGUUUGAGGAUGAAAUGUGAUGUAAAGGGUCAAAGUUGUUCUGAAUGCUGGCAAAAUGAACUUCUACAUAUUUUUAUACUGAACUGUAUACCUAUCUAACACUAAGUUGUGGAGGUGUUAAACGAAAAUGUGUUCAGGUUAUUUUUCUUUAAGAAAAAUAUGUUUUUCAAUGCAAGGCUCAUAAAAUACUUAAUCAAACUUGAUAUCAGAAAGUUAAUAACCGAUGAAGUUAUAAGUACAUUGUGAUGGAUAUUUACAAUAUUUUACACAUUUAAUGAGUACACUGAAUUCAAUUUCAAGCCUUAAAUACCAUAGAAAACCAUGUUUAGUUACAGUUAAUAAACUUAAUGGCUGUUAAACUUGUUACAACACUUAAUCGUCCAAUAAUUUGAUUUUUCUCUCACGCACCCUGCCUAAUUAAAUUUGCUGGUUCCUAGAAAGUUGAGUAACGCGACCAUAAUUUAUUUGGUUACGUUUUUAACACUUUCAUUAUCAUUUUGUUCUAUUCAAUUAUUGAAAUGAAACUACUUUUACGGAUUUUAUCGC